AUGCGCCGAUGCAAGCUCAUUCAAGUCAAGGAACAGCUCAUUGAAGUCAAGGAACAGCUCAUUCAAGUCAAGGAACAGCUCAUUCAUGUCAAGGAACAGCUCAUUCAAGUCAAGGAACAGCUCAUUCAAGUCAAGGAAAAGCUCAUUCAAGUCAAGGAAAAGCUCAUUCAAGUCAAGGAACAGCUCAUUCAAGUCAAGGAACAGCUCAUUCAAGUCAAGGAACAGCUCAUUCAAGUCAAGGAAAAGCUCAUUCAAGUCAAGGAACAGCUCAUUCAAGUCAAGGAACAGCUCAUUCAAGUCAAGGAACAGCUCAUUCAAGUCAAGGAAAAGCUCAUUCAAGUCAAGGAACAGCUCAUUCAAGUCAAGGAACAGCUCAUUCAAGUCAAGGAACAGCUCAUUCAAGUCAAGGGCUCAUUCAAGUCAAGGAACAGCUCAUUCAAGUCAAGGAACAGCUCAUUCAAGUCAAGGAACAGCUCAUUCAGGUCCACCAAGGCGGCCUCCCUUUCCCUAUCUUGUGCCUCUCUCCCGAGACCAAGACCACCCUCUGAGCUCUCAUGCUAUAGCAUGAUGGAGAUCAAGGCAGGAGCACCAGCAGGCUCAGCGGCGCGGGGGAACGAGGGGGGCGAGCAGCAGGCGUGCGAGGGCAGGGGGCUGUCUCUAGAGCAGUUUGAGGUGGUGCUGCGGCGAGUGGAGGGGCAGAUGAAGACCCUGCCCGCCACGGCACAGGUGGCGGCGCAGCAGGGGCAGUACGUGGCGCGCUGCUUUAACCGCCUGCUGGACCCUGCUUUAACCGCCUGCUGGACCCUGCUUUAA